AGCAUUACUCACCAGACCUUAUUGCUCUGGGAUGAGUGAAGGAGAAAAGAGCAGCAACAAGAACUCACUGCCUGAAAGGAAUUUAUAAUUCCAAUCUUCUCCAAGUCUCCCUACUAUUGCUUCCUCAUUUGGAGUUUGAAUUCACUGAAGUGUCUGGAAAGGAACCAGAAAGAGGACAUGCUGAACAAUUUCCUGGCAGGAAAGCAGGUGAAAUCUGAAGUCCAAAUCUUGAAAACCCUUUCAAAAGAUGAACAAACAGCUACUGCUACUCGAAAAGAAGAGGUGAAGAAAGGUCUUGCCAAGCUUGGGAUUCAAUGUGAUGUGGACAAAAUCCCUAAUAUUGCAGUCCUGGGAUCAGGAGGAGGUCUGCGGGCCAUGAUUGCCCUUUAUGGCACACUAUCAGAGCUGAAGAAAUGUAACCUCUUGGACUGUAUCAUGUACCUGUUUGGGGUGUCCGGUUCCACCUGGUGCAUGUCAUCCAUCUACAAAGAUGAAGACUGGGCAGAUAAAAUAGAGAUCUUGGAAAAGCAUCAGCGUGAAAAACUUGUCCAAGGCCGGUGGGACUUCGUGAAGGCAAAAAAGACUGCGUUAGUGGCAUCUAGAAAUGAACAUUACUCUCUGACUGACUUCUGGGCCUACUUUAUUGUUUAUAAAAUGCUAAAGGAGCUCGAUGAAACUAAAUUAUCUGAGCAGAAGAAAUCUUGUGAGAAUGGGAAAAAUCCUUAUCCCAUCUAUGCAGCAGUGGACAAGCACACAUAUAGUGGAAACCAUGCAGGGAGCUGGUUUGAAUUUACCCCACAUGACGCUGGGGCCCCUGGCACAGCUGGGAAUCCUGCCACAACAGCAAAUAUUGACAUCAACCACCUUGGGAGUGAAUUUAAAAAUGGGAAGCUGGAUGAGGAAAAGAAGGAGAGAGAUGUUUGCUAUCUUCAAGGUUUAUGGGGAAGUGCCCUUGCAAGCGAGCAAGAAAUUAAGAAGGCUAUCAUUGGUGCUUUGCUGGAUUUUCUAAAAAAAGACAGAGAAUCAUAUUUUUCUUCUAAAUCAGAAGACUUAGGUUUCAAGAGCCUUAAUCUACUCAGCUGGGCUUAUCAGUAUGUUCUGGAGCUGCAGCUGUGUGCGUUAGAUGUUUCAGCAACAUCAGCAGAGCGAUUUUUUGAUCUUCUAGAAAACCUUUUGAAAAUCCACAGAACCAGUAAAAGUUAUAAGGUCCUUCGAGAGAUGCGUCAGAACUGGUCAUGCGCCGAUACAAAAACAAGAGAGGAAGGAUGUAAGAAUCUAUGGGAUGCUCUGAACAAGGAUUUUGGAGUACCAGAAGAAAUAUACAUACCGGAUAUCCCUUUCAGCCCUUUACAAGGAAUUAAAGAUUGGAUCAGACACGUCCACAAGACCAAUGUAAACAUUCUGACAUGGACAUGGGGAACCACGAGUAACUUCUUACACAACUGCCCUGGUGUUGUAGUCCCUGAGCUGAAAACGAAAGAGGUUGUCUCCCUCAUUGAUGCUGGUCUGGCCAUCAACACUGCUUACCCUCUUGUCCUCCAUCCUGAAAGACAUGUAAAGCUGAUCCUUUCCUUUGACUUCAGCGCUGGAGAUCCUUUUGAGACAGUUAAAAAAGCUGCCGAAUACUUUAAAACUCGUGGAAUCAAGUUUCCCAAGAUCGAUGAGAGUCAACUGCAGGACAAAGACAAUCCGUCCAAUUGCUAUAUCUUCAGAGGAGAUGACCUAACUGUCAUGCAUUUCCCACUGUUCAACACAGUCAACUGUCAAGAUAAAAUUGCUGAAUACCACAAGACAUUUUCAACCUUCAAGUUGAGCUAUUCUGAUGCUGAAAUUGAAAAGCUAUUAAAUGCAGCAAAAAUGAAUGUGGCAACUGUUAAGGAAAGGGUUUUGGAGGAAAUCAAGAACAUUGUGGGUCCUCAUUCACAAAGAGCUUGAGCCAAUUCCUCCAUUUUAAGAUUUGUUUGAGGGGCAGCAAUCUCACUGCCUCUCUCCACACAUUCAGUGUAAUUUCUGAAUUGUGUAAGCAGUAAAUAGCUUGUUCAGAUUAUGAAAUUUUGAACCACAUCCAAUGAGUGAUUUAUAGCAUACUUAUUACUGGUCACUCACAUAUGUUAUCAGGUCCUUUUGACAAUGCCGUCUGCCUCCUGCACAUCUCUCGCUUCUUUUGUCAGUUUUAGGACCACAAAAUAAACUGAUUUUAAUCUGAUCUUCUGAAGUUGUGCUUUAAUAUGCCCACUAGAGGGCCUUGAAAUCUACAGGCCGUGUGAUUGCUGGUCUCUUCUCUGUAAAAAGUGCUCAUUUGAAAAGCGGAAGAGAACCAGCAAGAGAGCCCAUGAUAACUAAUCACUUUUGGCCAUACAUGUCUGUAUGCAUUGAUGUGGAUAAAUGUAACGUUUGCAACAAAUAUAAUGUAUAGGUCACAUGAAGCUUUCAUAAACUGCAAGGCUGGGGGAAAAGGGGGGGUUUACUGAAAGCAAUGUUCCAUAGGAUUCCAGAGCUUUUUUUCUGGAAAAAAGCCCUCAUAGAAAGAAGGGGGGAAGAAUACCAAAGAAUAAAUAAUGGAUAAAUAAAACAAAGUCACCGCUUAUGAGCAGAGUUGUGGAUGUUUUACUUGUCAGUCUGGGCUCUGCUAGCGGGAAGGAACCAAUAGAUCCUAGGGUGGCCAUGAUGAACAAGGAUGGAUGACAGCAGUGGAAAAAUCCGGGGUCAUGUGCAAUUAGGGAUACUAGAGGAAUCUGCAAUGGAAUGAAAUGAGUUUGGAUAUCUAUGAAUUCGAGCUGUGAAUUCCCCAGUAGAAAAGUUUUUCCUGUGUUGCACAGAUUCUGUGGACUUGUGGACCAUUUGUUUUUACUUUUACUUUCAUGCAAAUUUGAUCAUAGAAAAAAUAUUUACAAUUAAAAAAAACCUAGGUUAAAAUGUGCAUUUACCACAUAGGAUGAAAAUUCAUAUGUGGGGAGGGAAAUUGGGCAUUUGCAAAUUUCUGCAGAUACAAAUUUGCUCAAUUUCGGGGCUUUAGAACAAAAUCCAAUUUAAUCGAUGAUUAGAUGACAGAAUAAAAGGCACAUGGCUAUCCACAAAGUGCUGUCGGAACAUAAUUUACAAAAUAUUGUACAUCCCUUGCGCAUCCACUGAGGAAGCCAGAAAAGCUGCUUGUGACUGUAAGUCAGUGACCAUUUUUGUUGAUGCAAAAAAUGUGUAAGUUUAGCAUUUGUUCCUAACAAGAAUCAUCAGCAUCAUUGGAGAAGAUGGAAUGUGCUUAUGAAGGAAGGAAAAGACAAUGAAAGAAGCAUUGGUGACCUUUCCUUUGAAUAGAUUUUGGCACUUAUAUUACUUAUAUGUUAGAAUAAUCUGUGUCCACCCACAACUCACUUGCCAAAGUGACAUGAAUGAUGACAAUAACUAAAAACAAUGCAAAUGAUAAAAAGAUACAGCCUAGUAUUUGAUUUACAUAAAAGAAAAACUCAUUCAGAGGGCCAAAACAGACAUUAAUUUCAAUCCAUAAAACACUCUCUCUCUAGCUUUGUAAAGCUAUCUUAAAUUCCUGUUUUUGGUAAUAUUUUAAGGAAUUAUAAGUAUUUAGUACUCUUAGUAGAAGUACAUAUUUCUUAAUCUUUCUUUCUUUCAUUGGUAGCUAUGGGCUUUUAUUAUGAUAAAUUUCAUUCCAAAAUGCUAGGGAGUCUGAAAAGCUAGGAAACAUAUUAUGGGCUGGAGGGAAUUCUAUGCUUAGGGUUAUUAUUCAAAUUGCUUUGCAAUUAUUAUGCCAUAUGUUAAAUAUUAUGCCUGUUUGUUCCUGUAUUAUAAAUGUUUUUGCAUGAAAAAUUUGCAUGAGAAUUUUGCAUCAAUAAAUGGUUUAAUUCAUUCUA